GCCUGCCCCGACUCGACUUGUUCCCGACCGGCGACCGACGACCUUUCAUUCACGCGUUUUGGUUGAGCAUCUCCCCAACCUUAUGUAUCUGUAGCUCGAGGCUCAACUCCACUCUUCAACACGGGACACGUGCUGGAGCAAAUAGCUGCCUGAGGCUUGAUCUGCACGACAAGUCUCCAACCUACACGCGCAACUGUCCUUUCUGAGUGCAUCGUUCAACUUCUCAACAUGGAUGGAGCGGAGACCAGCGAUGCUGGUCCAUCACAGCUAUGCGUAACCCCAAGGCGGAAGCGCACCUGGACGCCAGGAUCGAUCACAAAUGCAUACUCCGCAAAACGUCGUAGGAUCUCUACUGCAACCAUCGAUUGGUCCGGCGAGUUGGAAUCCGAAGUGAGCAUUCUGGGAGCGAACAAGACUUCAACGGCGGAUCGCUUUAUCACCGCUCCACAAGAAGACCCUGCACCUCUCAAUAUCACGCCGCGCUCAAAACGCAUCGCCCGCAACUUCGGGCUAAUCGAGGACCGCGUUCUUCGAUGUGCAGCUCCCACGUCCCGCCAGUCAUUGGGUCACGAGCUCAAUGAGCACCGACAACAAGUCCAACGACUGUUUGCUACGACACCCAAGACGUCGCCAGCUUCGGCCGCAUCACACCUCGCUGCACGUAAACAGUUCCUCCUCGCUUUGGAUGGUCCAGGUAUCCCUAGUGACCCAUUUGCCUAUCCUCUUUGUUGGUCUUCCCGCAACGCGAUCGCAGUGGCUUGCGGUCGCCAGCUGUACUACCAGAAUCUUGAUAACCGCGUCAUCACCCAUCUCGGAACACUAAACGAACGACGAGAAGGCCGACUGUACUCUAUCGAGUGGUCGAAAGACGAUCCGAUAAACUUGCCUCGGAACAAGUACAGGCGUCAGGAGAUCGUGCGCCAGUGGAAGUGCAAGGAUGCAGACGGAGUGGGCGGUAUGGACUGGCGAGGAAACCUCAUCGCGGUGGGCGGCACCGAGGGCACUGUCGAGUUCUUCGACAGCAGGGUGGCUGAGCCGGUUGGCGGGUUGACCGGUCAUAGUCAUAGGGUAUUCGGGGUGCGAUGGAGUCCGAACGGAGAUUACCUGGCGUCGAGCGAUGAAAGGGGAAUCAUGCAGAUUUGGGAUGCCCGAGCGGGCAAGGCGCUGUCGGACGCGAGCAAACUGGGCUGCAAGAAGAGGAGUGCAGGCCCGGUCAAGGCUCUGGCUUGGUGCCCAUGGAAGCCAGAUCUCCUUGCGAGCGGUUCCACCUACCCUGAAGGUGCUAUUCGCCUAUGGAGCGUCAACGCGUCGGACGCAAUGCUCCCCCAGUCGACGAUCCGCCUGGACACGUCCAUCACGUCCCUCAUUUGGUCACCCCACUGUAAAGAGCUCCUCAGCACCCAUGGCUCGUCUUGGAACCCGCUGUCAAGCCACUCGACUCCGAACCUACUUGCGGACAAUUCUGGUACAACUAUGCCACGUGGGCAUCCAUGCACCAAGACGAAGUAUACGGACUCUAUCACAGUCCACAGCUGGCCAUCGCUCAAGCACAUCCUGAGCGUGCCGGCGCACUCGAGGCCAGUAGGGCACAGCUGCAUCAGCCCGGAUGGGACCAUGGUAUUCACGAUCUGUCCCGACGAGGAGGCCAUGAAAAUGUGGAAAGUAUGGGGCCCGGCAGCGAAGCUCGAGCGGCCGGAGAGUGUGUUCACGAAGUUUGGGAUACGGUAGCGGGUAGUACGUUGUGGGCUAGGUAUGCGUGGACUUCGAAUGAAGAUGGACUCACAGUGCCUCCAGGCGGAGCCUGAGCACUUCGUGUGUGUUUGCAUAUUAUAGCGCUAUCUCAGCUCUGUAUUCUCCGGUUUGUCGUACUGUAUGGUACUACAGUGUAUCUUGCGUCGCAACUCCCUUGGGCAUGUAAUCCAGUUAUCAUCCGUGUUUGGUGGUUUGCUUUGACUCGAGGCACCACUGUAGCUGGGGAUUCCAUGUGACAACGCAAGUGACACAACU